AUGGCGGCGAGGAAACGAAGACUGUUGACCUCUGCAGAUGCUAUGUUCCAACAAAGAGAAUGCUUCUCCGGCGUCAUGGAGGGCAAGUUCAAGUUCGAGCGGGCCAACCCAGCGGUGUUACACAUGAUGCAAGCAGACGUCUUCAAGGGAAUGUGGUCAUGUUGUCGAAAGAUCAAUGCGAAUGACAUUGGAUGCACUCAAGCAACUGGUCAUAACAUCAAGAAACCUCGAUGCGCGCAGUGUGGACAACAUUUCAAUCUUGUAACGGGCAAGCACAAGGGAUACACAGCAGAUAAAGACGAAGCGUGCUUGUUCCACCCUGGGACGCUAGAGACAAGCAGGUUUGGAGGUACCAUUUGGACUUGCUGCCGUUCGUCAGGGUAUGAGGAUUCCUCCCUGGACCAGAAAGUGUUGGAAGGAGAAUACAGGUGGGGCUGUCAGCGGGGACCUCAUGUUCCCAUCCAAGUCCCCAAGAUGGAAAGAAGCAAAAUCUUAGACGCUCUGAGCGUUCAGGUGCUUCAAGCAUCGUUGCAAGGGAAUCGCACAACAGGAGUCAGUUGUUACACGAGAUUGAGAUACAAGGACUCUGAGUUCACAACCAAACGAUCCUAUGAUCCGCUAAACCCGAGGUGGGAAGGAUUAGACAAGCCCUUUCAUAUCCAACUGGAUGCCAGCGACAUUGUCCAACCGAAGAUCACUUUUGAACUCACCGACGUGUUUCACAGUGAUGCUCAGAAAGAAGUUCUAGCUACGUUCGAUCAUAUCGGGAACGAAAUCACUCUGGAGAAUGCCAUCGCUCGUUUCGAGAAGCAAGUGUGUAUAAUGCAUCCGGGAACGUACUGCAAAGACAGACAGUCAAGAGAGAAGGGAGGGACGCGAUGCACAGGGACGUGCAAGCGGCCUCACUGUGAGAACCAAUGUGCUCGCACGCCUCACAGUCGCAACAGCAAUUUAGAUUACAUUGGAUGUAUCUGCGCUUCCAAGACUUGCCCGUACCCCUGUUACGUCAAGGGAUGUACGCACCCGUGUGAGGUGCCGGGAUGCGACGAGCUGUGCGGAUGCGAAGUUGAGACCAACGGCUUUGACAGUUCAGCAGGAGGUACCACGCGUGCGACAACCGCUGCAGCGCUGUCGCUUGCUCCAGGAGGUGCGUGCUGCCGAAAGAUGAUGGGCACGGGGAUCAGCACAGCUGCGACCAGAAGGAAGGCUGUGGGUGUAAGUGUACAGUAUCGGGAUGCAUCAGCAUCUGCAGUGAUCGCAAUCACUUUCACGGCAACUUCUCCAAGACUCAUCACUGCUCCGGCGAUCAUCCUUGUCGACACAAAUGCUCAGCUCCUGGCUGCCUCCAGAGCUGCAAGACACAGCGAGAUGAACACGAUGAGGAUGGUUGUCAUGAUUGCGGAUACUCGCAAUGCCUCCUGCCUUGUGAUGUAUCGCCUGCCUCGCCUCUGCAUGCUGUUCGUUCUAACAGGGCGAUCGAAGAUGCCAGGUUGCAAGGAGCUGUGCGACGUCAAGGACCAUCACGCGAAGAAUCACACGCGACAUCUCUGCCACAAGCUCAAGCAUGCCUGUCCUGAGACUUGCAGUGCUGUGGGAUGUGACAGUCGAUGCUGUCAGACGCUGGAAGAAGAUAAGUCCCACACGGCUUCUUCACGCCAUCGCUGCCUUCAGUCCUCCAAGGGCUGCGUAGCUCGCUGCUCCAUGCCGUCUUGUGACGAGAAAUGUUCGCACUUCGAUCACUUCCACUCGGCAAGCAGCCACGUCAUCUCGAUCCUCUUGACUGGCUCGCAGAAUCAGGAUGACGCGAUGCACCAGUGCUCGGGGACGCACUCAUGUCAUGAAGCGUGCGACCUGUGCAGGACCGGACAACAAGCAGCGAAGAAUGGCGCCAAGUUCGCGAGAGUGGUGUGCGGGAUGGCGAUCUUGCCGGGGAUGCGCAGGCAUGAUGGGAUGCAUGUUUGCGGGGGCGAGCAUAUCGACGAGAAGAAGAACAUCGGUCGAUGUGCAAACAAGUGCAGCCAUGCAGGUUGCGACUUCCGAUGCAUCAUGACUGCGAACUCUGAGAGGAAGAAGAUUCAUGAGAACUGCUACUGUGCGGAGCACACGGUCUGCGGGGGCAAGUGCGAGAGGAGGGUGGAGUGCGACCGUCCUUGCAUGAAACCUGCAUGGCACAUGAAGGGACACGCAGUCUUCCCCUCCUGCCUGCCCAAGUCUUCCACCUUCUUCACCAUCUGUGACUGCCUUGACAAGCACGAGAGGCAAACCAGUCUUGACCGCAAGGUGAAGAGGAAGCACAAAGCUAUACAGGGCAAACAGGACCCGAGAAAGCACGCACAGCAAGUGUUCGACCAGUUUGACAAGUGCCCUGAUCUCUCCACGUCUCUUUCCUCUGACGCGCAUGCCAGGGAUCAUUCUGGAAGCAUCGAAUUUGAGGAGCUGAUGGAGCUACUUGCUCUCAUGGAGACGGCAGUCAGCGAGGAGGAGGCGAUUCGCAUCAUGCAGGUCGCUGACAGGGACGGAAGCGGGCAGAUUUCCUUCGAUGAGUUCUGCGAGGUCAUUGGCCUUGGAUCCUCCGAGUCGGACGCGAGCUGGAAGGGCCUGAUGGGGCAGGUGCACUUGGGGACGGAGGGGGUGGGAGAGGGGACGGGAGUCGGAGGAUGCAACGUGGGCAUGGGCAUCGGGCACAUCCGGCACCUUGCAAGAUGGAUUCACCUCUCAUUGAGAUUGAAGAAGUGGCUUCUGAGACUUAAGCUCAACAAGAAGAAUCUCCAAGCUUGUGACAAGGCUGUCGAGGUGAACUCAAUGGCAGCAGAGUCAUCUACUGUCAAACCAAAAGAGGUCAAAAGUUUCAGACUGUCACUUGUCCACCGCGAGGUUGGUCUUAGUCCGUUAGUUGAGAAGCUGAAGGAGAAACGUGUCCCUAAUGACGCUCAUGAAAGUCACGGAAAGAGUUCUGAGUCGCAUCGCCUCCUCAAGUUCAUCUCAGACGACGUCAAGGUUGAAGACAAGGGAGAUGCUCGGAGGGACUUCAAGUGGUCUCGUCAUCAGAGCUCUAUUCUUCCCGACUACCUUCCACCAACCAAACGCGAACAAGGAGAGGCGAGUCUCGAAGCUCAUCGUUCUUCACAUGCGGGAGAGGGCGAGAAGACUUCUGCCAAGCAAGUGGAGGAGGAGAAGACUCGAAGAACUCGCAAGCCGAGGCGACCGCCUGUCGCUUCGUGCCCGCAAAGAUCAAGCGAAUCCAGUUUGAAGGAAAAACGAAGAAGUUUUCUUUUCGACAGUUUCCUUGCUGAGUUUCAACAAAACUUUGAAAAUCUUGAUGAAGCAGCCAGGAAAUCAGAACACGACUUUGUAGUGAUCUGA